AACAACAACAACAACAAAAAGCACCCCCUCUCAAUAUCAUACAAUGACAGAAAAUCAAUUAUUUUCCAUGUCGACAGAAUUAUUCGACUCAUCUUCCAACAGCAGCAAUCCAUUGAAAUACGAUCUGUAUUCAUUGGGUACGACGGCGUUAUUUGCCACAUUUGCGAAUAAUAAUAACAGUAACAACAACAACAGCAACAAUACUAACGGCAACAACAGCAACUCUAAUACAAAUCUGAAUAAUUCUGGUUUUGGCCAAACAUCAACAUCGGGUACUCUGCCAUUUUUCUCCACCAUUUCGGUUAACGGAGGUGGUAGCGGAGGAAGUGGUGGCAGUUUUUCCAACAGUGGCAGUAGUAGUAAUGUUAUAACAAUACCUCGAAGUAAUAAUCCAAAUCAAUUACAUAAUCCCUAUCAGGACGAUAUUCUACAUCAUCCAUCGUCAAGUCCGUUCUUAAGUCACUUAUUGCAACAUCAUCAGCCUCAGCAGCAGCAACAACAACAGCAGCAGCAUAAUCUUAAUCAAAACAUGAUGUCCUCACAGAAUCAACAGCAGCAGCAACAACAACACACAAAUGGUCAAAAUAACCACCAACAACAACAACCAGUUGGUGGUGGCCUUUUAAGUGUUUCAAUGGCUGACUACUCCGACUAUGGCCUCGACGCCUUGGAGGCUGCUUCUUUGUCACCAACCCUCUUGCAGGAUGUUAAUCUAAGUGCCGCAACACAGAGUCUAGCAACGGGACAAAAUUCCUCGGCCAUAAACGUGAUAUCACCCUUCUACAGUCAUGAUGCCUCCUCACCGCUAAGUCAUAACGGCAGUCUAGGUAAUGCCUCCUCAAUUUUGAGUAGUAGUGUCGGAGGGGGUGGUGUCGGCUCUGGUGCAUCAGGUGGUGGCGGUAUAAAUAUCUCUUCUCCACCCAGUUCGGAUAUCAAUGGUGUGGUUACCCUAUUGGGUUCCUCCACACCGGCCGACGAUAUCACCUCGUCGUUUAUGUACGAUGUGACGAAUGUAGGCAAUUCAGGUGGCAGUGCCAUGUGGAGUGAUAUCGGCAGUGCCAUUGUUACCACCAAAAAUGAACCACCCUUUCCCCUGGAAGAUGAUUAUAUUUUCCCCAUCGACAAAAAUGAUAUCAACUCUGCUGGUUUCGGAGCUUUAGAAGAUGAUCAUUUCUUGGAAGAUAUAUCGAAUUUGGAAGAAUUCCUCCCAGGAACAGGGCAUGAUGGUACAAAUGGUUUUUUGCUAUCGCCUACAUUGCAUUCGUCGGGACAAACAAAUGCCACAACACCAUCACCGGGUAUGGGACCACCAAUGGAAUUAAUGCAACAGCAGAGUCAUCAUCAGCAGCAGCAACAACAACAGCAACAGUCCAAUCAACAACAACAACAGCAGCAACAACAUUUACAACAAUUCACCCAAUUACAUACGAUGCAGGCAUCGUCAUCACUGGAUAGUGGCAAUGGUAGCUCUUCCACUUCUGGUUCCAAUUCGAUGCUGCAGCAACAACAGCAACAACAACAAAAUCAUCAAAGUUCCUCCUCUAGUCCAUAUGAAAUUUAUCACAGUACACCAAAUAAACAUCAGCUAAAUAAUACGAAUACCUUUUCGCCGGGAAGUCAGUCCUCCCAUUCACCGCUACAAUUGAAUUCCAUAACACCACCACCACCGCAUGCCAAUCGUUCACAGUAUCAGCAGGUUAAGUCACGGAAAAUGCAUGAAAUUAUGAAAAAAGAUUAUUCGCUAUCGCCGGAUCGUAACAACGGUUCCAUUGCCAUGCUUGGACAUUCUGUGCCGGCCAAUGGUCAAGGCCUGUUGAUGUCGCAUACAGCAGUUAGCCCGGCCGGUAGCAGUGGUUAUGGCAGUGCAACAAAUGGUGGCGGUAGUAACUCCAGUGCUGCUGCCGUGAUAAGUAUGAACAGUGCUCGGAAACAAUUCUAUCAGUCGGUGGCUGCCAAUGACAUUAGCGGUAAUACGAUAUCACGGUUAUCAUCAUCGGCACCCACCCAUUUGGGUCUCGAUCACAUAUGGACACGACGUGAACCUAGACAGCAUUUACUUUCCACGGGUUCAUUGGCCGAAGCGGAAUCUUUCUCAUCACUGAGUACAGCUAGUGUUCUAUCACCCGAUGGCCUUGAUUAUUCCCAGGAAGAUGAUGAUGAUGACAACUCUUCGGAAUUCAACAGUGACAACUACGAUGAUCUGUCAAGUGAUAAUGGUUCGGAUAAUGAAGAUGACAACACCACAAUACGGGCCAGAUCCAAUUCGAAUAGCAGCCAACAAUUGUCUACCUCAAAGGGCAAGGAGCGGUACUUUUGGCAAUACAAUGUCCAGGCCAAGGGUCCGAAAGGUAAACGUUUGGUAUUCCAGUCGAAACUAGAGGAUCCUCAUGUUUUGAAUGAAGUCACCGAUCCGGUGUUUAGUCCGAAUUGUUCGGUGCGUGGUAUAAAGGUAUAUAAGCAUAGUGGCAAGGCCCGUAAAGGUGAUGGCAAUGACUUAACACCAAAUCCUCGUAAGCUGAAUAAUAUUGGCAAGGAAUUGGAUCGUUUAAGUCGCACCAUCAACGAUAUGACCCCUGUCUCUGAACUGCCAUUUAAUGUUAGACCCAAAUCGCGUAAGGAGAAAAAUAAGUUGGCCUCGCGCGCUUGCCGUCUUAAGAAAAAGGCUCAACAUGAGGCUAACAAGAUUAAGCUGUACGGUUUGGAAAUUGAACACAAACGUCUAUUGAAUGCCAUUAGCGAUAUCAAACAAAAUCUAGCCUUGAAAUAUCGCCAGCGAAAUGUGGGCGAGAGCUGUGAAGAGACAGAUAAACAAAUUGAAAGAAUUUAUAAGCAUGCCAUUGGUGGCUUAGCGAUUGCUGGCGGUACCACAGACUUUGUCAAUAAAGUUUUGGUAAAUGUUAAAAAUGGUCAGCCGAAUGGUGGUUUAGAAGAACUUAAAAAUACAUAAGGCCAA